AUGGCGGACCAUCUACCACCGAACGUGUGCCCGACUUGUUCCAAGUCAUAUAAACGACCCGAGCAUUUGCGUCGCCACCAAAUUUCGCAUAGCGAUGAACGGCCAUAUGUGUGUGUCCUCUGUCGGAGCACUUUCCAGCGCUCCGAUGUGCUCAAGAGACACCUCAAGACCUGCGAUACUCUCGCUGAUGCCACGUCGAUUUUGUCAGAGCCUCACCCCAAGAGGCUGGCCUUGUCACCAUCCAACCGACCAGAAGACACAGCGGAGUCGUUCUCAUUUCCACCCGCCGCGCAGUCUGGGCUUCCUACUGGAGACAAUCAAGCACAAUCUCCUGUUGAUAUGCCUGAGGACUCUUUCGAACAUAUCACUGGAUGGAUCUCCUGUGGUCUUUCGCCAAACUAUGGGUUCGAGGGCCGGUCCGACGUCUGGCAGGAUUUUUUGAACUUCACUUCAGGGACGCAAACCCCUCACGCAGGCCUCGAGGGGGCAGACGACGACCUUGGCUCUUUGUGCUUCCUGGAUACUUUCACCAGCACGACAGGGUUCGUGUCUUCGUUCGACUGCGGGACAAUCGAGCAGCGCCGCCGAAUCAAUGCCUACUAUUCCAAUGCGACAACAGUGGCGGGGUUUGAGAGAUCUCCAGCACAGCUUGCACCGGAAGACCCACCUGGCGUGUACGAAGACGAGGCAGGCUGCUAUGAAGCCGAUGAAACACACCAAUCUGGGACCACCUUGAGUCGCUGGCUCUCAGACCCGUUAUCUUUCAAGUGUCAUGAAAUAGUCACUUCGAUCAGAGAUGUUGUGCUGCACAAGUCAAGGAAGAGCUACAUUACACUCUCUUGGUCGCCCAGCAUACACGAGACGUGUGCCCAAUUCUUCUCCCCGACAAAUGUCCGGCGGUUUAUGCAAUUAUACUGGGCGAUCUGGCACCCUAAUGUGAAUUUCGUUCACAAGCCGACGUUCGACCUGAUGAACGCUAAAGCCGAGCUUCUUGCGGCUAUGUGUCUGAUCGGAGCCUGUGUUUCGCCCGACCAGACCGACGCCGAGAAUGCGAAGAGAUGGUUUAACUGUGUCGAAGAAGUGGUAUUCGACGAUGAGGAUUUCUGUGACGACCUGGCUCAUACCCUCUCCCACGCCACGAGCGACAUGCAGCGGCGCAAGCGAAAGGUCGGGGCUCUCCAGGCCUCGUUCAUGGUCUGCCUCUUUCAGAAUUGGGAGGGCACGACUUCCAGCAAGCGACGUAUCCGGCGGCAACGCUUCAGCAUGGUUAUCGCGGCAGCGAGGGACGUUGGGAUCCACAGAGCCCGGCAUCCCGACUAUGGUCAGAUGGACCUUUGCGACUUCUCCUUCGACACCUUUGCCAUUACGGAGGAGUUAAUCCGGGUGCUUCUGUGGGUGUUCCUCCUCGAUACGGCGUUCGUCAUCUUCAACAACUUGCCGCCACGAAUGGUCAUCCGGGAAAUGAGAAUGAAUGCCGCAUGCUCCGAGGAAUGUUUCCAGGCCACCACAGCCGAAGCAUGCUUCAAGACUCUGCAGCAACAACAUCAAGCCGACUUGCUAUGGCGGCCAAAGGUGGCAGACAACUUCACCUGCGCUUUCGAGCUUCUGUACCGCACCGACUUAGAUGAGAGUCUCAACGUGGCGCUGGCUGAUCUUGGACCUCUCAACCUCUUCGCCAUGACGUCGGCGUUGCAUUCUCUGAUUUUCCACUACCAGAGCUCCUUCAGCUGCCACGGCUCGCUCGAUCCGAUCCACAACGCUCUGCAAUCCUGGAGGAGAGUGUGGCACGUGUACCUCGUCCGCUUCUCGCGUGAAUCGCGGCAUUCCACCGUCAAGCAUGACAUCGAUCUUCUCGCGCCAGACGACAUGUGGAGACGUGUGGGCUUCAUGCGCCACGCAAACGAGUACUGGUACCUUGCCAAUCUCAUGGUCGAGCGUCUCUCUGCGCCGCCACCUGCUGGAGCCACGCAGGCCGCCGUGGAGGCUUCGGGACAGGCACAGAGUCCCUUGAGUGCUUCAGGCAAUGAGACAAUCAGUCCUCUCCUCGACAAGUACGACGAGACCAGCAUGCAACAAGUAAACGCGCUGAUAUCGGACUUUCAAAUGUUCCGGAUUCAUUAG